AUGUGGUCUUUACCAUGGUGCUGUGUGCUCCGGCAGCUGCUGCAGCUCGGGGCUUGGUUUUCCACAUUGUUAGCAGAGCUGCAGUUUUACGAGAAGCCGGAGCAGGAGCAGGGCCUGGAGGGGACCAUGAACUUUGAGGGGAAUGUGUCUAAUUGUCUGUUUAGUUCAGUCCACCUCCAGGCUCCAGAGGAGGGGUGCCCUGGCGGCUCGUGCAACCCCCAGAUCGGUGACCUGAUGGUGGGUCGGGCUGCGCAGCUCUCAGCCUCUUCCACCUGCGGUCUGGAAGGGCCUCAGAACUACUGCAUCAUCGGCUAUCUGGAGGAGGAACAGAAAUGCUUUUUGUGUGACUCCCAGCGGCCGUUUGAUGCUCACUUCAACCCAAACAGUCACCGAAUCGAAAACGUCAUCACCACCUUUGAGCCCGAGCGCAAGAUGAAGUGGUGGCAAUCAGAGAACGGAGUUCAUGAGGUCAGUAUCCGUUUGGACCUGGAGACCAUUUUUCAGUUCAGCCAUCUUGUUCUCACCUUCAAGAGCUUUCGUCCAGCGGCCAUGUUGGUGGAGAGAUCCCAGGAUUUCGGUCGCUCGUGGAAAGUGUUUCGUUAUUUUUCAGAGGAUUGUUCGGUUCAUUUCCCUCAGGUUCCCAAACAGACUCCGGACAGUGUGGAUGAUGUAGUGUGUGACGGCAGAUACUCCGGCUCUGAGCCCUCCACUGAAGGAGAGGUGGUGCUGAAGGCCCUGGAUCCUAUAUUUGAGAUUGAAGACCCCUACGCUCCACAUAUCCAAGAGUUAAUCACAAUGACAAACUUGAGGAUAAAUUUCACUCGCCUCUUCACGCUUGGAGACACUCUUUUGGGCCGAAAGCGCAGAAAUCCUCAGAAUAAAUAUUACUACGCUCUGUACGAUAUGGUGGUGAGGGGCAGCUGCUUCUGUAACGGGCACGCCUCUCAGUGCACACCAGCAGGGGGCAGAGGAGACGUCUUCACCGAGCCAAGGAUGGUCCAUGGUCAGUGUGUCUGUCAGCACAACACCGCUGGGCACAACUGUGAGCGGUGUCAGGACUUUCACCAUGACUCCCCCUGGAGGCCGGGAGGAGAAGACAACGCUAAUAUUUGCAGAAGAUGUAACUGUCAUGGGCACUCAGACUCCUGCCACUUCGAUGUGUCUCGCUUUGAAGCGAGUGGAGAAGUGAGCGGUGGAGUGUGUGAAAACUGCAGAAACAACCGAGAGGGAGAUCAGUGCGAACGCUGCCGACCUUUCACCUUUCAGGAUCCUCAGAGAGCCCUAGACGACCCCAACGCCUGCAUACCGUGUGACUGCUCCCCUCUGGGCUCGGAGUCGGGGGGUCUGUGUGAUGGGCAGACAGGGCAGUGUCUGUGUAAACCCAAUGUGGAGGGACAAGGCUGUGACCGCUGUAAACCCGGCCACUACGGACUGAGACAGGACGACCCCCUGGGCUGCCAACCGUGCAGUUGUCACCCUCUGGGCAGUGUUGGUCCCUGUGACGUUCAAACUGGAAUCUGCCAGUGUGAAGUUCUGGCUGUGGGAUCCUCCUGUGACCGCUGUGCGCCGGGGCACUAUGGUUUGGUGAAUGGUAUUAGAUGUGCUCCUUGUGACUGUGACAUCGGAGGAGCUCACAGCAAUAUGUGUAACGGUGACACUGGGCAGUGCCAGUGUCUCCCAAACAUGAACGGGCGCCGCUGCUCAGACCCUCGACCUGGGUACUUCCUGCCACAGCUAGACUACUUCCUAUACGAGGCCGAACUCGCCGCUCCCCUUGAAACGAGACCACCUCCUCCACCCUAUCCUCCAACCUAUCCACCAACCUAUCCUCCACAAAGCCCCAUCAUCCUCCCCAAGUGUGAGCAGUAUUACAGAGAGCAGGGUUACGACUUCAAGAUUUCCAAUGGACAAGUGGUUCUGGUUCGAAGGGCCAAACGAAAUGCACGCCGCAGAAGACAGUAUGGUAGGAUUCCUCUGGAGCCUGGAAAUGCUCUUCAGAUCGUCCCCCGAGAGAGAGCCUCCGGUCAGCUCAUCACCUGGACUGGGCUGGGUCUGGUCAGGGUUCAGACUGGAGCUGGACUCAGGUUCACUGUGGACAACCUGCCGCUGUCUAUGGACUAUCAGCUGGUGAUCCGCUACGAGCCAGAGUCUCCCUCUGAUUGGUUGGCUUCUUUGAGCAUCACCACUUUAUCUCCUGGAGACCAAAAGUGUGAAACUGAAUCCGUAAGAAGUGGAAUAUUAACGUUGACUGGAAACUCAAGGGGCUCUGUGCUGGACUUCCCCGUCUGUCUGAACUCUGGAGGCCGAUACUUCAUUGAUGUCACUUUCAACAAACAUCCAGAAUCGGACCCAAACUCCAGCUCUCACAUCCUCAUCGACUCUUUGGGUUUGAUCCCGAGUAUCGAGGCGGUUCAGAACCUGUGUUCUCAGACUGACCUGGACUCCUUCAGAAAAUUCCACUGCAUCGGACUGGCCACUGAAGCUGGACCACACGACGCUCUCCCCGAAGUCUGUGAGGGGCUGGUCAAGAGCAUGUCCGCACGCAUCCACAAAGGGGCGAUACCUUGUGGGUGCAAUUCUGAAGGCUCGGUCGGACCCUACUGCAGUAAACUAGGUGGGGCUUGUGAGUGUGAACCGAACGUGAUUGGCCGAUGCUGCGAUUCAUGUGCUCCACAGACCUAUGGCUUUGGACCUGAGGGCUGCAAACCGUGUGAGUGCGACCCUCGUGGCUCUGAGUCGGAUCUCUGUGAUCAGGUGAGGGGACAGUGCGCGUGUCGGCGGGAGGUGUCAGGGCGCCGCUGUGACCGCUGUCAGCCCGGAUACUGGGGAUUCCCACACUGCAGGGUCUGUGAAUGCAACGCUCUGUCUGAGAUCUGCGACCAAGAGACGGGAUACUGCAUUGACUGUAGGGAGCACUCUACCGGGCCGCACUGUGAAAGUUGUGCAGAGGGUUUCUAUGGCAACCCGAUCUCCAGAGUCCCCUGUGAGCCCUGUCUGUGCCCUGACCUGUUGGAGAGCCGACGGUUCUUUGCCUCGAGCUGUGAGCAGGACCCAGAGACUCAGAGGCUCAGCUGCAGGUGCCUAGAGGGCCACACCGGUGAGAUGUGCGAGCGCUGCAGCCCUGGAUACUUCGGUGACCUGUUGUUGCCGGGGGCGCGGUGUGAAAAGUGUGACUGUAACAACAACGUCGACCCAAGUGACCAAGAGGCGUGUGAUGGAGUGACCGGGGAGUGUCUGCGCUGCCUUCACAACACCGGGGGGCGCUACUGUGAGGAGUGCAAGCCCGGCUACUACGGCAGUGCUCAGGACCAAGACUGCAAAGAAUGCUCGUGUGACCGCAGAGGGACCGAGGUGACCCUGUGCCCCAUGCAGAGCCCCUGUUUCUGUGACAUUCAGACAGGACAGUGCCCCUGCAGGUCAGGGGUGAGAGGUGCGCUGUGUGACGAGUGUGAAGACGGCUACUGGAACUUGGCUGCGGGCUGUGUGCCGUGCUCCUGCGACUCAGCAAACGCUCUCUCCAAUGUCUGUGACAAGGUGACCGGUCAGUGUCCCUGUCUGCUGGAGUACGGAGGGAGGAAGUGUGACGAAUGUGGAGAAAAUCACUUUGGAAACCCAGACCUGCAGUGUGUCUCUUGUGAGUGUAACUUGGAGGGCACACUGCGUCCCUCGUGUAACCCUGAGACCGGAGAGUGUAACUGCCGUGAGGGCGUGACUGGUAUUUUCUGUGAUGAGUGCGCUCCGGGUCACGAUUCCAACUUUCCCGAGUGCAGAGAGUGUCAUGCCUGCGCCAGACACUGGAGGCACUAUGUCUCGGACGUGGAGAAAGCCGCGCAGACUAUGAGGACCUUCAUCCCUCAUCCUCCAAAUGAGCUCCGUCCUGGAGCUCCGAGGCACCAGCAGCAGCUGCGGAGCCUCUUUCUGGAUCUGGACAAUCUGAGGAGAAAUCUAACACGACCAGCUACUCCUCGUGCCAGCAAGAUGGAGGCGCUGUUUCAGAACAUUUUGAAGCUCAAAAACAGCAUAGACCCAAACUGCAUCCUGCUGGACCCGACUCCUCUUUUGAACGCUGAGAUCGACAACAUCAACACCCAGUUCAAGAACCUGCUGUCCCACCUGCGCAACAAAGUCGAGAAUCCAGACGACGAAGACGAUGAAGACGCAGAGGAUCUACUGGAGGACAUAAAGAAGAGCUUUAGGUCGUUCCAGGCUGAGGAGAGUCGUGUGAGAAACGCCUCUAGUGCAGUGGAAGACUCGGCCGACACACGACAGGACACCAAGCGCAAACUGAGCACGUGCAGGGGCGAGGGGCUGCUGGGGCCGCUAGAGAAGAAGGUCAAAGCUCUGAGCGUCGUCAGCUUCAACAAACAGAUCUGUGGAGGCUCCGGUCUGGACUGCUCUGCCUGUGGAGGAGCUCUGUGUCUGACCUGGUUCUUUGGCAGAAAAUGUGGAGGUCCAGAGUGCGACGGCAUCGUUUCCCUGAGCCAGAACACCAUCGAGACGGCCAAAAAAACACAAGACACUAUCAACGCUCUGCCCCUGAAGAUACAAGAGGCCAAGGACAAGAUGGAGAGAGUGAACCUGACGGCUCAAGAGACCAAGGUCCAGUCCAGAGACCUGCAGGAGCGGAUCAGCUCCAGUAAAGAGUCCUACGAGAAAGACAAGAACCAAAUCAAAGAACUCAUCCAGAAAGUUAAGGACUACCUACUCGAUGAUUUGCUUCCAGCUGAGGACAUAGAGAAAAUGGCUCGUGCUGUUCUGAACAUAAAGCUGCCCAAGAGUCCAGAGCAGAUUCGAUCCAUGAUCCAGGAGCUCACUGAUCUCAUCAACAACGCCACCAACUCAGACAAAGACCUGAAGAAGCUGGAGGAGCAGGCUAAUACUGCACAGGAGCUCAAGGAGCAGGCUCAGGAAGUCAAGAAUCGGACCAAAGACAUAAAUGUGGCUGACAUCACGAAGGACCUUUACGAUGCAGAGAAAGCUCAGGACAAAGCCAACGAUGAUUUGGACAAUGCCAGCCAAGACCAGGACAUGAUCCGGGACCUGCUGCCAGAGGAAAGCAAGAUGAAUGAGUUGGAGUCAAUGUUGAUGGACCCAAGACUGGAGACUUUAAAAGACGAGAUUGAAGCUGUGAAGAAUAAAACUGAACAGAACCGAGAACAGGCAGAGGAGGCCAAGGAGGAGGCGGAGUCUGCUCUGAACAACGCAUUGGACGCUGUACCGGGUCUGGAGGACGUCCUGGAGAAAUUUGAUCUGUUGAAAAAUAAAAAAUCAAACCAAACACAGGACAGUGAAGCAGCCAAAAAAUUGGAGGAGCUGAAGAAGGAGGCGGAGGCUCUAAAGACGGAGGUGGAGGACAAACUGCAGCAGAUAGAAGACCUGGAGAAGUGGAUCGAGGGUCUGAAUCAAAGCGGCCUGGACAAAGCAGCAGAAGUGGCCGAGCUUCUGAAAAAGGCUGAUUCUCUGAGAGAGGCCAUCAGCCGCAAAGCCGAGUCCUACACCACGUGUACAUGAAACUUUCCAACAUCUUCUAGUAUGUGAAACACCUACUGUAUGUCAGGGCAGCAGUUUGAACAGGAAGUCAGUGAUCCCAUUAGGAUUAUGAAGCCAUCUGACAUCAGUGUUGUUCACAGUGAACAGAAUGUAAAUGACGAUCUACGUGUGUUCCACUCAGAACCUGAAGAAAAGUAUUGUCUGCAGUGUAGUGUAGUAACACUGAAAUGUCACUAGAGGGCAGUACAGGAGAUAAAAUCACAUAGAACCACAACCUCACUUGACCCUUUUCCCUUUUUUACAAACUCAGUAUUUGUACAGUAUUUUGUUACAAAUGUGCAUUUGUUUCAUUUUUAAAACAUACUCUUACAUUUAUGUACGUAUGUGUAUUUUUAUUGAAUAUUUUGAAGAUUCAGAUUUAAUUGUUUCUCUCUCCACUUUUUAAAAACUCCAAAAGAAACACGAUCAUAAGCUAAAGCUACAGAAUCUUGGUGCUAACA